AGAGCCCCCUUGGUGAUAUUUACAGUUCAUAGUAAUGGAAUGAAGACCUCAUCUUUGAGAUAAUGGAUGAUAGAUCCAGCAAGCUCAUUUUGGUUCCUAUCCUGGCAGUGCUUUUUGUCAUGAUAGGUUACCAGUACAUAUGUCCCGCAGGCAGCAAUUCAUGCCACUUUAAGACAGAGGAGAAAUUCAGAGGCGUGAGCCUGCUUUCCAGCCCGUAUCAGGACAGCGAUGAUUUCUACAGAGAUCAAGACCUGCUGGAGGAUGAGAGUCCCCCCAAAGUGCCGUCCAAAUUCAACUUCUCCGAAAGGGACCUGAACAGACACGUGGAGUUCAACAUCAAGGAGGACGACGUGAUCGUGUUUUUGCACAUCCAGAAAACCGGGGGCACCACUUUCGGCAGGCACCUGGUGAGGAAUAUUAGGCUGGAGCAGCCGUGCGACUGCAAGCCGGGGCAGAAGAAGUGCACCUGCCACCGGCCGGGGAAAGACGAGUCGUGGCUCUUCUCCCGGUUCUCCACCGGCUGGAGCUGCGGGCUGCACGCAGACUGGACCGAGCUCACCAACUGCGUCCCGGUCAUCAUGGACAAGAAGGAGGCGCAGAGGAGUAAAAGGAACUUCUACUACAUCACCAUGCUGCGUGAUCCAGUCUCCCGCUACCUGAGCGAGUGGAAACACGUCCAGAGAGGAGCCACUUGGAAGACUGCCCUCCAUAUGUGUGACGGCCGCUCUCCCACCCAGGACGAGCUCCCCACGUGCUACAGCGGGGACGACUGGUCUGGCGUCACCCUCACGGAGUUCAUGAACUGCCCGUCCAACCUGGCGAGCAACCGCCAGGUCCGCAUGCUGGCCGACCUGAGCCUGGUGGGCUGCUACAACCUGUCCUCUAUGAACGAGAGCCAACGCAACCACAUCCUUCUGAGCAGCGCCAUGAGCAACCUGAAGAACAUGGCUUUCUACGGCCUCACGGAGUUCCAGCGCAAGACGCAGUACCUGUUCGAGCGGACGUUCAGCCUGCGCUUCAUCUCUGCUUUCACGCAGAUCAACAGCACGCGGGCGGCCAACGUGGACCUGAGCGAACCCGUGCGCAAGCGGAUCGAGGAGCUCAACUUCUUGGACGUGCAGCUGUACGAGUACGCCAAGGACCUGUUCCUCCAGCGGUUCCAGUUCACCCGCCAGAGGGAGCACCAGGAGGUGCGGUUGAGGAGGCGCGAGGAGAAGCGCUGGCUGCGGGAGCAGAGGGACCAGGACAGGCCGUGGCCGCCCAAACACAAGGGGAGGGUAUACAGAGGCGGUCGCGGCGGAGGAGCCUCUGAAAAGGAGGCUGACAGUGACUCGCCCGCCACCACUGAGGACUACACCAGCCAAGUGGCCCACUGGUGAGGACGCAGAGAGAGAGACCAGCUAGCGGAGAUUCCUCACAGACGUUUUGUUUAGCUCUCUCUUGCACACCUUAAGUCUCUGUUUGUGUAUCACCAUUAAUCUGUGUCCUGCAUCUAUCUGUUUUGUCAGCUUCAGUGAUCCGAGUGGCCCUCUAUUUCUUUAUGAGAAAUGCCAAGUCUGUGAGGCGUACAGCAGCUCUAUCCCGGAGGGCUCUUUGGUGUCUUAAAUCUUUAAAUGCUGUUUAUAUAUUCUUUUCAUGUAAUGAUUGCCUUGGUUAUUUUUGAAUUACUGAACAAGACAGUCAGUUGAUGUAAAAAAAAAAAACUAAAAAAAAAAACUGACUCAAUGCUGCUGACUGCAUUGAUUUUUUUUUUUUUUAUUCAGGCAUUUACAACAAAUUGAUGUUGAAGUCAUUAUCCACGUGGAGCCAGUCAUCUCACUGCAAUGACAUCAAAUGUUUGCAUCAUAUUCUGUCUCAUAAAUCAAUGAGUAGGCUUCAAUGUUUUCAACACACCCAGUAAAUAAAGUGCGUUCCCAUGUCAGUGCAGAAAGUACAUUUUAAACCAAACCACGGUCCUUACCUAAGCCUAAACACGUAGUUUUAGUGCCUAAACCUAACUGGGGAAAUGUGUUGCCUAAAUGUAACCAAACAUUGGCCGAAGGAGCAAGAGAAACCAAAAGAUAACGAAAAGGAAAGAGAGUCUGCGGGUGGUGUCUUAUGCUUGUGAGUUGGGUGACUUUCCCCUCACUUCUGGUCCCGCUGCUGCCGCAGGACCUCAUCACUUAUUCAUAAGUCAACACUCAAGGACGUCAUUUGCUGUCAAGGUCCAAUAUCGCAGUGACAGGUGCAUCAGCGCACCAAUAUACCAGUAUCAAAGGACACCUUUUGUAUUUUUCUGAGAUAUGCGGGGAUUUCGUAGAACACAGUGUUUGGCGCCUUGAGAA